UCCCUGAUGGACAGACAGUGUAGUCGUCGUGCUGUCAUUCAGUCGGUGACCUGUUGUAACAAUGCGUUACCUGGUUCUAUUCAUUCUGGUCUGCUCUGGAACUCUCCUGUCUAUAACACUCAUAGACUACUACCAACACCAAAGAGAUGAGUUCCUGGACUCUGUCCAGAAGAGUUUGCAGUGCAGGAGACUGAGAGAGAAACUGGUGACCAUGACUACUAUGAAACAAGUAGACAUUGGAUUGUUCUCUCAGGAGGUGAGAGAUCUGAUGGACUGUCCUUGGAGACUCAACCUCACACACAGAGAACUACACAGGACAGAGUUGUGGUCAUGCUGUAACGCGUAUGAUAGGCUGAUGGUGACCAGACAGAACACCAUUCAGAACCAGAGUCUGACCUACGAGGUAGAGAGGAGGAUGAAGAGAAAGGUGGACCAAGCACUAUGGGAGAUGCUGCCACAGACUGUACCCUGGAGUAAAGGUUCGUUGAGUCGUUGUGCCGUGGUGGGAAGUGGAGGAAUCCUGCAGAACAGCAGCUGUGGAGCGGAAAUCGACAAUUCUGACUAUGUCAUCAGGUUUAACCUGGCUCCUAUCAACAAGAGUUAUGACGUGGGAGUGAAGACAGACCUCAUAACGGCCAACCCUUCCCAGAUCAAUAAAAGGUACCCUGGCCUCCAGCUGAACCCUGGACCCCUGGCGGAAGCCCUGUCAGUCUACGGUCAUGCCCAUCUACUUCUGCCAGCCUUCUCUUUUGCUUUUGGGACCAGCCCCUGCUUCAAGGUGUACCAAGCCCUCCGUAAGGCCCGCCCCCAACAGAAAGUGGUGUUCUUCCACCCAGACUACCUGUUUGAGCUGGGCAGGUUCUGGCAUCGUCGAGGGCAACGAGCCCCACGGCUCUCUACUGGUCUGAUGCUGGCCAGCACCGCUCUGGAGAUCUGUGAACAGGUUCAUCUGUAUGGCUUCUGGCCCUUCCCUCUGGAUCUAUCCAAAAAUACUUUGCCACAUCAUUACUAUGACAACGUUGGUCCAAGUCACUUCAUGCACGCCAUGCCUGAAGAGUUCCUGCUGCUACUACAGCUCCACAGCCAGGGGGCGCUACAGCUACAUGUUGGACCCUGUACACCCUAACAGGUGGAUCAUCGGGGGCUGGAAAUAAAUGAUAAUUUAUACCGUGAAAAUUGACCACAACUAAACCCCAAAAGAUGUAUUUGAAAACAACCGUAAUUUCAUCAAAUCAAAUUGAUUUAUAAAGCCCUUCUUACUUCAGCUGAUAUCUCAAAGUGCUGUACAGAAACCCAGCCUUUAAACCCCAAACAGCAAGCAAUGCAGGUGUAGAAGCACGGUGGCUAGGAAAAACUCCCCAGAAAGGCCAGAACCUAGGAAGAAACCUAGAGAGGAGCCAGGCUAUGAGGGGUGGCCAGUCCUCUUCUGGCUGUGCCGGGUGGAGAUUAUAACAGAACAUGGCCAAGAUGUUCAAAUGUUCAUAGAUGACCAGCAGGGUCAAAUAAUAGUAAUCACAGUGGUUGUCGAGGGUGCAACAGGUCAGCACCUCAGGAGUAAAUGUCAGUUGGCUUUUCAUAGCCGAUCAUUCAUACUUUGAUUACUUUGAGACAUGACCUUUAUUCGUGGGAAAAAUUGGGAACAGAUGUUCUAAAUUAAACAGUCUUUUUUUGCUAAAUUCCUGUUGAUUGUAGUGUUUUUUGACCAAACAUUAAAGGUAUAUAUUUCUACAAAAAACUUGGCACAUUUAUUUUACUCGCCGAACCCUGCCCUACACCCUAGCCCCUGUUUCUACAACUCCAGUCAGU